AACACCACCAUUCAUGAUUAAUCAACCAGCUGCCAUACUUCUUAUAGAUCAGAUCAAGAAGCUCUUACACUCGUAGUGAUUGAAGAACCUUAAUCAAGGUAGAGGUUCCGAAUACAUUUCUGAUAAAAGUCGUUGACUGUAGAGAAAGUCUGAGUUAAUGAGUAAGAUAAUUAGGUGUUUGAGAAGAAAUUCUUCUCAAUCAUCAUCUUCAUCUGUUUCUAAUAGAAACAAAGAAUUAAUUUUAAACGAAACCAUAGAUUAUGAUCUAUGUAAUUGGAAAUUACCAAAAUCAAAACCGAAUGAAAUUUAUAAAUCUAAUUUCUCAUUCAAAUCUGAUUAUAUCAUUGAAACGGUUGAAGAAUCUAUGCCUAUAUCCCAAGGGUAUAGUACUUUUCAAUUAUUAUCAACGAAGCGAAUUAAACAACAUCAGCAGAAAUAUAAUUUUUUGCAUUUGGGUAUGAUUCAAGUUGCUUUGAAACCUGCAACCAGACUAGGUUUAAACACCUCUGUUUUAGUAUGUCUUCAUGACAAAAGAAAUCUCAAAUUUCAUGAUUCACUCAUUGGAGUUAUAGAAUCAAGUCUUUGUGAUGGGCCGAUAUAUUUUUCGUGCUUUCCAAAUUUCACCUUAUCAUUAAAUGAUCCGCAUCUUAUGCGUGCUUUAUCCUUGGAUAUUAAAUCUGAAGGUUAUGACAUGUUACCAGGGUUGAAAAAUGUCAUUCUUAUUUAUAGAUUUCAUUAUAAAGUAAUGAGCACAUUUGUUUCUCAUAUCAGACAAAUUCAAAACUUGAAUGAUAAAAGAAAAACAACUUUAUUUAUUACAAAUAUGGCUAAAAGCAAUAAAAUAAUUUCAAAAACUAUUUCUUGGGAAGAAGUUAAGUUUCCUGAGCAAUGGAUUUUGGAACAGGCUAAUGAACCAGUUAAACAAGAAAAUGAAAAAUUGGAAGAAAUAAUUGAACAUCCAAAUGGUGAUGUUGAAUUACGAUUUUCAAAAGAGAGAAUUAUUAGAUUAAAAGAUAAUUCAUCUCAUAGAUUUUCGACAUCAUCAGUACCUUCUAGUUCUUCAAGUGGUGUUUCUUGAAUUGAUAAAAGCACCUGAAGAAAAACUUCGGGCAGAUGCUUAUCAGCUAGCAAUUGAUGCUAUGCAUCCGGGAGAAUAUAUUUUCCCAUAUAUUCCAAUUUCAACAAAAUGGGUAAUACCCAUUGAAAACAAAUAUACUCAUUUAAAACCUCAUGAGGUUUCUGCAUUCUAUUUCAAGAAUAAUGCUGAUUCUUUUGUUUAUCCAAAAGAUUUUCAGUAUUUUCAAGAUAUUCUUCUUGCCACAAAUUCAGUGGAGAAAUUGCUUAUAGCAAAGCUAUAAUUAAAAGGGUAAUUAGACCUGAUCAAUGGGAAGGUGAUUUAUUCAAACAAUAUGAAUUCACCAAAACAUUGAGGUAUCGAAGUACUAUUCUUCGAUUCAAUUAUUUUGAUUAUAUCAAUGCCUGGGAACAUGAUUUUUAUUAUGAAAACAGGCAAAGGAAAUUUUCCUGGUGGAUACAAUUUUCAUAGUUUAGCCAGAAGGAACAAUUUCCAAAUUGGUUUAUAACCUGGUUUACUCAAUGAGGAUUAUAUCCUAUUUGUCUUCCUGACAAAAUAAAAGUCCGUAUUAUUGAAGUUACUGUGAACUUCAAUUAUUUGUAAAAAGUUAGUGGUGCUAAUAGUACCUCCAUCUUUUUUGUUGCUUUUCUUUUUUCGGCUUUAUAUAGCUGCUUUUUGUUUUGUUGUUCAUGUCUUAGAUUAGAAUCUUAUCCCUCUCCUCUUGUAAUCAAUCUCUUGUAAUAUAUUUGCCUUAUUAAUAAAAGGAUAUUACAUUUCUGCUUG